AUGGAACCAAUUUCCCUUAACUCUCACGGGUUCGUUAACCUCCUUGCCUCCCAGAGCAGUCAACCAAUAGAUAUUGGUUGUUCUGAGGUUCCAAAAUCUGCGGAAAGGCGGAAAUGGACAACCAAAGAAGAUGUGGUGCUGAUCAGUGCUUGGUUGAACACCAGCAAGGAUCCAAUCGUGAGUAAUGAGCAGAAGGCUGGCUCAUUUUGGAAGCGCAUAGAGGAGUUUUUGAAUGCAAGCCCUCUGCUCGUUGGCUCCGUUCCUAGGGAGUGGAGUCAGUGUAAGCAGAGUUCCAAGUUCGUUCUUGAACAUUGUUGGAGGGAGCUUCGGUUUGAUCAAAAAUGGAGAUCCCACACUUCGACACGAGAUGGUGCAAAGGAGAAGAGGAAGGAACCUGCAGAGGAGGUGGGUCGCGAGGAAGAUGUUAGGCCUCCCGGUGUGAAGGCUUCCAAAGCAGCAAAACGCAAGAAACACUUGAAUGAACCAGCGUUUGAUCAGAUAGAGAGCAUUUUAGAGAUUAUUGAUAUGUAUCCAUUUUUCUUUGUAGGUCACGGGUUCAAGGAGGAGGAUGCGUGUGGACGUGGUUGUAGGUCUCGGUAUCUUUAUGUAUCAUAUCAAGUCACGGGUAAGGUUGAUGGUAGUUGUAGUAUUAUGUCAGAUUGA